CCACAGUGUCGAGCAGCUCUUUUUGACCAGCAAUAUGGAGCCGUGAAAAUUGUGACGUCACGUGCACGAGGUCUAUAGUGCAAUUAUACUAGAUGUAGAAGUCAAGUAGAGAAAGUCGUUUUACUAAUGCAUUGAAUUGACUUAGUGGUGAGAACAAAGAGCGUACUUGUACACGGACAAUCCAGUGCAGUACUGCAUAACUAGUUGAAAGGGCAUGGCUUAUUUUACAGAUCAUUUUCCAAAGCAGUUUUAUUUUCAGUGAUAACCGGAAGUGUUCAUUCCCUCGCGGACACUAGCUCGACGAUGGUGAAGUUAAACGAGCGGCUCUGGUUCGCCAGUGGAGCCUCCAGCACGGAGCGCGCACGCAUGUCCCGCGGACACUUUUUUUUUUUUUUUUUUUUUUUUUGCGAGGAGCCCCAGAAAAAGGAGCUCGCACGUCCGGGAAUGACAGCCGCUGUCACCCCGAGUGACAGCUUUCACCCCGACCCGCCCAACUUCUUCUUGACGGCUUGACAGGUUCGACUCCGAUCCGAAGCGGAUCCGCCACAGACCGGGACUAUGCCAGAGAUGGAGAAAGGGAGACCGCCAGAAAGUAAACGCAGCAGGAAACCCGCGCACCCCGUCAAGAGGGAAAUAAACCAGGAGAUGAAGAGCUUUGCAGAAAGCACUAUGAACGAGCUCCUGGGAUGGUACGGCUACGACAAAGUAGAUCUCCGAGACGCCGAGGCCAACGAGAUCCGGAACUACAGAGAGCGGCGCCAGCAUGUAUCUGUGUUGAAAGAAAACUCUUUGCCAAAACCGAAAACCCUGGACGGGAAAGUCAGUCACUCGGUCCUCGCUAUGAAGAGCGUCGAGAGGGACUCGUUCAGCGUUCCCUCAUCAUCUUCUUCCUCCUUGUCAACAAGCAUCUCCUCGAGCACCCACAAGGAGCACAAGAGUGCACCCGUCAUUGUACCGCUCAUAAAGCCAUCGGCAGUGGACGACGUACAAAAUGUGCAGAUCGUCUGCGUCUGGUGUCAGAAGGAAGGUGUCAAGCGCUACUCUCUAUGCAUGGGUUCCGAGCUCAAGAGCUUCUGCAGCGAGAAGUGUUUCGCCGCCUGCAGACGGGCCUACUUCAAGCGCAAUAAGGCCAGAGAUGAGGACCUCCAUGGGGAGAGAUCCCCCCAGCGCCCCCAAACAGAGGACUCACCAAGGCUGGUGAUGAAGAUAAACAGCAAUGUUAGAUCUCUCUCUCCUGGGUUGCAGGUGUGUGAUUGGUGUAAGCAUGUCCGCCACACCAAAGAAUACCUGGAUUUUGGAUCUGGUGAAGAGCGACUUCAGUUCUGCAGCACCAAAUGUCUAAAUCAGUAUAAAAUGGAUGUGUUCUACAGAGAAGCUCGCGCAGCCCUGACCUGUUCCAGUCCAGCUAGAGCUGGUCAGGAGGGCAGGUCGGAACACAAUGUUGUUGGACAAAAGCUUCUCACUCCAGAGUCUUGGAACAGCAGUAGUGCUACAGGAGAAGCACUUCAAAGAAACAUAUCUCCUAAGGGCGCGACACCAAUCCUUGGCUCAUCAGAAUCAUCAUCCACGUCCCCGUCUGAGUCAUCUUCUUCGAAGCUUCCUGUCACUAGGCAGAGAACUCUGGACAGGCCCAUGCAACCUCCACCACAUCCUCCUGCGGUAGAGGUGUCACCUCACCCUACACUUAUUCCUCCUCCUCUUCCACGCCAUCAGCUAGAACAUCCACCGAUUCCUCAAAUGCGAAUGCCCUUCAUUAGACCUCCUCUUCAUGCCCAGGGCCUUAGAAGCCCUCUUACCACUUCUCACCAUCCAAGACCCCCUGGUCAACCUUCCAGCCCUAUUCACAGACCUCCGCACUCUCCACACCUGCAGCCCCCCACCUCCUCAUCCAUUAACCCCCCAGGAUUAAUGCAUCCUCUCCCUCGGCCAUACUACCCUGGCUUGCACUCGCCUCCACUUAUGUUACCCAGGGGCCCUGUGCCAAUGCCUCCCUUAAUGAACUUUGGCAUUCCUUCUUUUAGUCCUCUCCUGCCCCCUCCCACGGUCCUGGUACCAUACCCAAUUAUUGUUCCUCUACCUGUCCCAAUCCCCAUUCCAAUACCAAUUCCAGUUCCUCCCAAGCCAAAUCUAGAAACCCCAAAUCACACUGGUGUUAUACAACCUGUCCCAGAGGGAACAGACAGAUGUAGAUCCAUACCUGCAAGGUUUCCAUCUCCUGGGAUUCCUGAAGGGAACAACCAAUUGCUACAUUACAGACUAAGUGGAAACAUGCCUCAUGGUCUCCAUUCACUCAGUGAGCCCAAUUCCAAGGACAUCGGCUGGGUUAAGUCAGAGAGACCAUUCUCAUCUCCAUCAUCAACGUGCUACAGUGGGACAUUGUCCCCCAGAGCGCUGUACAGCACAUCACCCUCCUCAACACGCAGCUCUGAAGGAAUGACAGACUAUAAACAACAACAGCACUCAGAACGACAAGUUAUACAAAGGGUUUUGCAGCGAACCCAAGUGAAGCUUGAACCCAAUGUCAAGGCAGGCGUGGACUUCUCAGGGCCGGAAGAGUCAGGUUCUGUUCAGGGUACGAAAUCAGGGCUCCGUGAGAUCAAUAGACCCAGUCCACCUCCACCACCACACCCCCCUUUACAUGACACGGUAUGCCAACAUCAAGACUGCCACACCUCACCUUCACACACUCCGCCAAGCCCUACAGUGAACAACCACCCAUAUGAUGCCAUGGCUUUGGCCCUGAAAUCUCAGAACCAUGGGCCUAAUGGGAUUUCCUCAGUGGCAUCCAUAGCCAGUCCAGGCUCACCUUUACACCAGAGAGUGCCCAUACCACCCACAGAUCCUGCACUAACUGAGCUUGAAUCUAUAAAAGAAAACAAGUGCUCAGUUGUCUGCUCUGUACGAGUUGAGGGCCCAGUCAAUCAGACAGAAGAGCCUUCAGCAGUAGUUAGGGAUGCAGGAGAGGACCCACACUUGCCAGAUGAGGACCACGCCUAUGCCCUACCCACUGCACCAAAGACCGGUGGGAUCACUACCCCACUGCUCUUGCCCAAACUCAGGGACAAGGGUAACUUAAGGAGCUGUGCUAACACGCCCAGUGCUGGAGACACCGAGCCAGCUCUGAAAAGGAGAUGCCUACGAAUCCGUGAUCAAAACAAAUAAAAAAAGCGGAUGAACAGGACCCCUGUUCGACGCGGCAUGGCAGUGCCAGAUUCGGUACCCCGCCCUCGUGUGGACGGCGCCAGUGCUAACACCUUGCCGCCUGCUCUCCACAGCCCACCAGUGUAGCCCGGCCUGUGGACCAGCAGGGUGCCAAAAGCAGGAAGCCCAGAUGGCCACGAGACGUCUAUAAGGGGGAGGGAAGGACGCAACAUAAUCACACAUUUUGGACCAAAAAAAAAAAUGUCACAGCUUAGUGUGUUCUGUUGUGUCCAAGGACUGUUUGAUACAGACCAUCUUUUCACAUCUUGUCAGGCAAUCCCCCAAAGUGUGUUGAUGUUUGUGCACUCGUCUUCCUCACCCCCCCUCCCUUCUCCUCCACACAGCAGACAAGGCACUGAUCAGCCUUGUGUGGUCUUCUCAGAUGGAGCCCGAACAUGAGCUCUUUCCAGGGGAAACGGCUUGUUUUCCCUGCCCAGCUUGCACAAAGAGCCACAUUGUUCGUGUCUCCAUAUACCACACAAACUCCCUGAUCCAGGUUUUGGGUUACCUGGCCAACGGAGGCUCAGACUUCAGGAGAAGGAUUUUUUUUUUUUUUUUGACCGACAGCUCAAAAUUUAGGAUCACCUCUCUUCCAUCUCCCUGCCAAAUCUAAGUACAGUAACCCUUGAAUUAUGAAAUAUUCACAAACUAGUUUUUCCACCUUUCAGGGAGGGCGGGGGAGAUUUUUUUUUUUAAACAUCACAGAGGAAUUUUGCAGUUAAGACUGACUGAGCAGUAUGACAGAUGUCUGAAUUAGAUACCUGUAAAAUAGUGUACAAAUAAAAACAUAGAUUAUAAAAUGGAUUACCUACUGAUAGACAGUAGCUAGGAUGUAAUGUGAUCACUCUAGUGGUCCUGAUGAUGCGGGUCAAUAAAUGUUUAAAGACCCCGGUUAUCAAAAUUCACCUGAUUUGUUCAGGUGGGUAUUUGACCACGUUUCCUUUACAGAUAAAAAUAAUUACCUUUUUUUUUUUUUUGUUAAUGGAACAAGGGAAAUUCUUAUAUGAAGCACCACAAAGCUGCCUGUCGGAGGUGUGCGGAUGUUACUCAACUUCCCACAGCUGACUGUUGACAGCUCACUACUUGUGACCAUAUCAACAGCGCCUCUGCUGGUUGAAGCUGAGUAGCGCAGUCGCCUCAAAACGUGAUUCCUCUACAAUCAAAUCCAAACAACCAAAUUCUUGUUCAAUUAUUUAAUAAUUAUGUCAAAAAAAAAAAAAACACUACAACAUUUUUCUACUUGCAAAGAAUGCCAUAGUGGCGCAUAGUGUACAACCGGUCUAGAUUCUGCCUUUUAAAAAGUGGCACUGAUGAAAUGAUUCCAGAAAAUAGCAGGCUUGUCAUUUUUACCACCUGAGGUGUUAUAUUAAAACCUCAAAUGCUGUCGUACACAGCAAUCAGUAUUACAUUUCCCUCUUUUGGGAACACAUCCUGAGAUUUUAUAUGGCUAGCUAGUCCAACACGUUUUCAUUUUUACCCUCUUCUUUGAUCACAUACAAAUUUUGUGUUAUGAGCCUCAGAUUUACACAAAAGUGAUUUUACUAGUCAGUUCUUUUUUCACUAAGUCACGUAUGUGUGCGUUUUGAAGCUCUUAAAUCCCAUAUCUUUUGCUACAGUCACAUCGAACCCUACUCCAACAGUGACGGGGUUUUCGUGAUCUCGCCUUUACGCCCUACCGCGAAAUAAAAUCAAAGUGGAAGCCCGCGCUUAAAUCAUCAUUCUUUCAAAUCAAUUGCGGUGUUUUAUAAAGGAUAAAUCAUUAAAAUUUCGUCACUGUCCAAAUACUAUAGACUGUUUUCGACUGACACCUUCCGAUUUAGAAAGCGUGCGCCAUCUUGGUUUGGUGAAUUCUUGGAAAAACACCGUAACUAAGCAUGAAUCAUUUUAGAACGGCGUACGAAUGGGGUCGCAGCGCUAUGUUUUCGGUUUCUCAAACGGGCGUUGGAAAGCAUCUUUCUUUCGACCGCCAGCUGUGAUCAAGAACCAGUGCGAAAAAACGGAGCAGUUAGCAACCAAACGGCGACAACUGUGGCUGUUUCGUAUUAGCAGAGCCAAUCUAGCAGCCAAGCGCAAUACUCGCGUAUGAAUGCAAUGCAUGUCUCCAAAAUUUGUAUUUUCUGUUUCAUUAUAAUGAGUUUGCAAAAACGAGUUACCGCACCGCUAGCUGUUUCCUGAGUUGAGUUAAAAAUGUAGCCGUGGAAGUGAAGAAAAAGUUGCGGGCUCCACUUGGGACUCGUCCCGGUCGAACCCCUCUCUCUCUCUGCCUCUCGGUAACGAAAACGAAAAUAAUAAUCAACACCUCUUUCGUUGGUAUAAUCAACAUAAUUUAACACAACGCUGACUAUAAUCACGCGGUACACCAACCUUAGCAAUGUGGAGACACAGGUUGCUAACAAUGGAUACCGCAGCAUGACGAGCCCAGCUAUUGUUGAAUUAGUUGUAGGACUCCAGACCUUUGUAAUUCCUUAGUUGGUCCACGGUAUAAGCGCUUGUCGAGAAGAUGAGAUAAUGGACGAUGUCUGGAUAGGUUACCGACGCCCACAUUUUUUGUGCUCCAUUUGUGUUUCUCCGAGGCACAUGGGUCGAUAUUGUCGAUGAAAGCGCAAUUCUUGUCGUAACGGUUUCUUGAAACAACACCUCGUGCACGCCGAUAACUUUCCGAAGUCUUUUUAGCCAUCAUGUGUCACUUUGUAGUCACGUGGUAAAAAAAACAGUCUAUUCUCCUGCGACCUAACUGUACUGCAUCCCCACUAGAGAGCACUGUAUGCUUUGGAAAUGUUACAUCUGCCUGUUUGUGGUGAGAGCAGCAGAAAACCUGACCAGCGCCACCAGAUUGGAUUUUAAAUGCCAAAUACGUGAUCUGCCAUUAUUUUACUUUUCCUAUCAUAACACACACGCAAAAAAAAACCACAAGUCUGUAGUCCUAUUUGAUAGGCUAAGUAGCCAACUGAACAUUUUAGAUUAUAACCACAUCCGAAUGCAACCCCCACCUGUGCCACCAUUCCAGAACUACAUCCACUUAUGUGUGCUCGUCCAAGCGUAAGCGUGCCUGCUGUGGCGACCCACGUCACGUCACAUCACCCCACUCAUUCCAGCCUCCGCUCUCACCGCCGCAGGUCAUGCCAUUACUGGAAGUCAUCCUUGGCUGGCCAAGGGACUCGGACAACAGCCUGUGUGAGUCACUGCAAAAUCGAAAUAAAAUCACCCUUUUGUCGCACCGUAGGCCAAAACAAGUCAAAUAAAUGAGUGCUGUUACUGAUUCUGUUGCACAUUUUAACUAUUGGCUGCCCCCCCUCCCCGCGCCCCCCCAUGCUUUAUAUGUGUUUAUUGAAAUUAAAGGAAUUUCGUGCCACAGUUUUGUUGCUAUCACACAUUUAGCCCACAGAAUAGAUAU